AGCAAUAUUCAAUCCCGUUAAACAACAAUGUACUGAAUUUGGUCAAAACUCGAAAAAUCAUCUUUCAUUCACACCUCGAUUUCCGAUUUCAUCAUAACAUAAUCCUCUCAAUCACAUUUCACUGCAAAUUCUCUCGAUUGAUUCAUCGAAUCAAGCUCGCAAAAAUGCCAGCGACAAUUUCUCAGUUAUCAUGCUUCUCUUACGUCAGUCGCAAUCUCCAUUUUCAGCAACGGCGAUCGUCGCCUUUCCUCAAUCAUCGCUCAAAGUUUUCAAUUGCUAUGAGCCUUGAAGGACAUGAUGCUGAAACCUCUAGUUCAGGCAACAUGCCUAAGCUAAGCUAUGCUGCUGAUUUAUCGAGUUCAAGUGUGGAACCGGUGGAGAAGUCGUAUCUUGGGACAGAGGGACAUGUUAAUGGAAAGAUUGGUGGCAAUGGACCUCCAAAUCCAGUUGUUGAGAAGAAGACAGCAAAGAUCCAUGACUUCUGUUUGGGUAUCCCUUUUGGUGGUUUUGUUUUGACCGGGGGACUCCUUGGUUCUAUUUUUUCGAGGAACUUCGCUACUCUAGGCACGGGUGUUCUUUUUGGAGGUGCUAUUCUAGCUUUUAGCACAAUUAGUUUAAAGGUCUGGAAGGAAGGCAAAUCAAGUUUCCCUUUGAUUGUUGGACAAGCAGUUCUUGCAGUCACUUUGUUAUGGAAGAACUUCCAGACCUACUCAGUGUCAAAGAAACUGUUUCCAUCAGGACUUUAUGCUUUAGUGAGUGCUGCAAUGCUGUUAUUUUAUUCUUACGUGGUAAUAUCUGGAGGAAAUCCGCCCCCAAAGAAAAUGAAAACUGCUGCUGAAGCUGCAUCAUAAUGAAACAUUUCCAAGGUCAGGUUGUUCCUUUUGAUAGUGAGGAUGUGUUUCUGCUCCGAAUUUUCACACAAUAGAAUAUUUCAUCCUGCCUUGAUGGCAUAUUGGCAUACCAUGCGAGAAAAUCUCAAAAUAUGAGUUUAGUUUAGCUGGAGAGCUUGUGACUAAUAUUGUUUAUACGAAAUUACCUGUAUGUAUUGAAUAGUUGGAGUCCUUUAAUAUGGUAAUCGAGUGACAUACACUAGAUCUGGCUCAGCAUGAACAUCAUCAAUUUAUUGCAAUUACAUUGUUUGACAUA